UAAGGUCUGUGUUUUGUUGACGUUUUUCUUAUGACUAUUAAAAAGCCGAUAAUACUAUUUAUCUAAUCAACUUUUGAAAAUAAGUUGCCCUAAUUGUGUACUUUUGCUCUAUAUUCAAUGUGUGUUCGUAGUGAGUUUAUGAAAAAUUAAAAACUGUCGUUAUCAAUAUUUCGGUUCCUAUAAUGCAAACUAUCAAAAUGAGGGGGCGCCCUCCAAAAGCUAAGUUAACAUGUACCAUGUGCAAUGAAUCAAAGCAUCCAUUAAAUUAUGUUUUACCUACACAAAAUGGAAAAAAAGAAUUUUGUUCGGUUAAUUGCCUUGCUGAAUUUCGUAAAGAAUAUGUUAAGAAUGGCUGUGCAAAUUGUGAUAACAUCAUCAAAGGUACACCAGUGAAACUAGAGAUCCGAGACUCUGCUUCAAAAAACUUUUGCUCUGCUGCAUGUUUAAAUAAACACCAAAGAAAAGAACAAACCAAGAAAUCUGUUUUUGGAGAUGUUCAAGUGGAACACCCGUUUUCUAUUAAUGGUAAUCACGCAUUCGACUGGAAUAGUUAUCUUAAAGAAACAAACAGUACUGCUGCUCCUCAUUAUUGUUUUAAACAGCAUGAAGAAGUGCCAGAAAAUGAAUUUAAACCAGGAAUGAAAUUAGAAGCUGUAGACCCACGAAACAUAACAUCAAUGUGCAUUGCUACAGUAAUUGGGAUUAUCGGCCCUAGAAUACGCCUUCGUUUGGAUGGAGGAGAUAACAAAAAUGAUUUCUGGAGAUUAGUCGAUUCAUCAGAACUGAAACCGGUUGGAUAUACAGAAAAAGAUGUACAGAAAGGUGGCAUGCUACAACCACCUCUUGGUUUUCGUAUGAAUGGUUCACUGUUUCCUAUGUUCUUGGUGAAAACUUUAAAUGGAGCAACUUAUUCACCUGAAACUGCUUUUAAACCGGAACCGGUGUCACCGAUUCACAAUUUGUUUAAAGUUGGCCAAAAAAUUGAAGCAGUUGACAAAAAAAAUCCACACCUUAUUUGUGUUGCAACUAUUGGUGAUGUUAAUAAAAACAACAUAUUUGUCAUGUUUGAUGGUUGGCGAGGUGCAUUCGACUAUUGGUGUUCCUACGACUCUAGAGACAUAUUUCCAGUUGGAUGGUGUGCUAAAAGUGGCCAUCCUCUUCAACCGCCAGGUCAUAAAGCUGUUGCAGGAUCUCGUUAUUCAGGAGGUCGUCUAAAUGGGACUCAGAAUUCUACUACAGUAAAGCAAUCGUUAAAUGAUUCAGUUAACUUGACUCCAGAUAGUGCAAGUGAUCUUGAAACUGGUAUUCAGGAAUCUUGUUCAGUAUUUAUAAAUCAUGAAUGUAAAUGUGGUCCUUUCAUGGACUCCUCGAAAUUGUUUGAACUCCCUAAACAAUUGGGUCCUGGUUUAGUACAGAAAGUUUUAAAAGAUACAAUACAACAUUUGGUAAAUACUGCUCAUGAUAUACAAUCGGUGACUACAUUAAUGAAAAAGCAGGGAGAUAGCACAUGUACCAUAACAGCAACAUAUGAAGGAAAAUCUAGAGUUUUUAAACUGCCGAAAAUUGAAAAAGCAGAUGAAUUUUGGGAGUACAUCAAAAGUUUGUUGGAGGAUUUGUCAUGUUGUAAAAACUUACUAAGUCCAGCAUUAAAUGUAUGUGCAGAGUGUAAAGUCGAAAAAAGUGUAAAUUCUGUAGUUGAAAAUGGCGAUACUAAAAGUGUUAAAAGACACGGUUCGCCCGAGAGCUCGACGCCAGACAUUAUGGGUUUAGUGACGAAAAUCCCUCGUACCAAUGAACCUGAAAUGGAAGCGGCGUCGUCGACAACUCCAGCAGAAGAUCUAUCAAGGUUGCCCACAGAUCCAGCAGAAUGGUCUGUCGAAGAUGUUAUUCAACAUAUUAAUUGUAUAGAUAUUCAACUAAACACAUUCGCGGACUUAUUUAGGAAACAUGAAAUCGACGGGAAAGCUUUACUGCUAUUAAAUUCAGAUACAAUGAUGAAAUAUAUGGGGCUAAGACUAGGGCCUGCUUUGAAGUUACAGAAUGUAAUUAAUAGACUAAAACCACGGCGAAGAUAAAAUUUUUUUUAUUUCUAGGAUAGUCUUUGGAGAUUUUUUUACAUUGUUAACGUAGUAACCAAUUUUAAAUAACUGGUUACAUCUUUUGUUUUACACUUAAUGUAUAGACAUUAAUACUAAUUUUAUUUAUUGGUGCUUAGGUUAAUUUUUAUAUUUGUCAAAUUACUGUUAUGACAAAUAUUAUAUUUUGUAGCGUGAGAAAUAUUUAUAAUGGUAUAAAAUAAUAACCACUUAUUUACUUUUAUGGGAUUUACAUUAAAUAGUCAUCAUUAUUUUUAUUUUUAUU